AUGGUUAGUAAUAUGUGCAUGGCUUACUUUGCUGGCUAGAAGAAGGGUUUACGAGGUCUAGAUUUGUAUUUUUACUGUAAAAAGUUAGCUUAAGUUAAUAUUAACCAUUUUUUUUAAUUUUUGGGCUCACUUUACAUUAUCUAUUUACUUUUUGACCGGUAUAAUACAUCGCUGUGAUAUUUACUAAUACUGAACUAUCAUCGCGCGCUGCCUGUACCAUUUUUAACCAUACUAUCGUAGUGGGACUCUGUCCUCUUCCCAAUACCUUCACCAUCGUUGGGAACGACUCGCUACACAACGGCUAUACCCAAAGAUACACAAACCCUUUAAAAUUCGUAACCCUGGCCCAGAAUCUGUUCGUCAUUGUACUCUAGCCACCUUAUUCAAUCCCAGUCCAGCUACAUCAGCUAGCCCGACACCCGACCUAAGAUCGCGACCGUCGAGAAGUUGCCCGAGGGCUGUUCUCCUGUGCCGCCGGGCCGCGGGGCGCUGGACACCGCCCACCUCCUCUCGCCCGGCCCCAAGCCCGCCGGAUCGAGGUGCCACAACUCUGUCUACCGGAUCGUGCGCCGUCUUCUGCCGUUCCCACGACGCCGCCAGACGUUGGACGAUCCAGAAGCCCUCAGGCUAUCAGCAACAUUAAAGCCGGCAUCAGCGGCUCCACCACCCCCUUCGUCGCCGACCCCUCUCCCGCGGGCGAGGAUGAGAUGGUGUUGUGGUGGCGGAGGUAACAACGCUGCCGCUUCAUCCGCCUCCACCUCCGCCCACCUACAACAACAAAGCCUGGUCCGCGACAUGGGCAGCACCACCGUGUCGCCGCAGUCAACGCGACAACUCGAGGCCCGGAAUCGGGUCCAUGCGGCCAGUCGACGGCCCGAGAGUGGCGACGUGCUGGAGGACGAGGAUGCCAACGUGACCGGUCCACUCCUCUCGCCCAACCACAAGAACACUGGCGUCGCACAGUUCGACCGGUUCGGCCCCAUGCUGUUACACAUUCACAAACUGGUAAUUUUUGUUUAUCUACUGAUGCUUAUCGCUUGACUUAUAUAGGGAGUGGCGCUAUAAGGGUUGGCGAUCGAUUUUGUAGGGAAAUGCUUUUAAAACUUGAUAGAACAGUUAAUAUUAGGCUUAAUCGUGUAGACUUAGGCAUCGAAACAAAAGUCUUGUCGCUUUUUAACUUGCAACACGUUAUAAAUCGACGAAAGACUUUAGUAACACCUAAUAACCCAAAAAGUAAAGAAAAGUUUCAAUCUGACCCUGAGGAACUUACAAAUGUAACUGUUUACACAACCCUUCAUUGAAUUUGCCCCCAAAUCAAACAAUGUUUGCGGUUUACUGUAGCGGAUCGUAACCUGAGGAAUUAAUUGCCACAUUUCAAAGGGGCACUUAUAAGAUGGCGGCUGUGUCACGCUUCUCUCAAACAAACGUAUCCGUUUUACAGGCGUUUUAUGUCAACAAUGGACAACACAACAACCUACUGGACUGCUGUUUCGUGCAGAAACUCCGCCACAGCGGCUGGCAAAUCGUGACAACCGGCUCGCAGACGGCGCUCGCCGAUCUCAGGAAACACAAACCGUCGGUGGUGCUAUUCGAUCACAAGCUGCAUGACGUGCUCGAAGUGCACGCGUACGUUUUUUCACGUUUUUUUUUGAAAUUUUGAAGAUUUUAAAGAAUUUAAAAAUUUUUUGAAAUUUAAAUUAAUUUUUUUUUUUAAUUUUAAUUUUUUUUUGAAUUUCAAACUUUUAAAAGUACUUUUGAGACUUCUGAAACCUCUCUAAUGGCUAACCUAACUUCAGGACGCUACGAACAUCGCCGGAAGGAGAAGACCUUCUCUAUGCCAUCUUAACUGACAGGCUGCCUUCGGAGAAACGACUAAAAAGCUUGGCCAAGACGGAGCUGUCACAGGUGAGUAAAUGAUACGUUUAAGUCUACAUGUUCAAACUUGGAAUUCGCUUUUAAAAGUUUUAAAAAAGACAAAACGAAGACUUUACAGCAAAAAAAACUAAAACAAGGCUUUACUAUAAUAUACAAACAUACUAUAAUAUAAAAAGUGAUUUAAAUUACAAUAUUUAAAUAACGGAGACCCUUUAACUUUAAUAUUUAGGUAAUAGAGACCCUUCUACUACAAUAUAAAGGCAAUCAUAGCUCAUUUUCUUAUUUUAACCAUCAAAAUUUUAGUUUUUCCUCACAUCAUCACCCGACAUACGACUAUGUGAAUUGUUCGGCCGUUUCUCCUCUCGCUUCCGUGCCAUCCCAGCCUUGUUUGCUGUAGUCGAAGAAGCCGAACAACCAAUUAAAAUCUGUGACGAUCAGAACCUGGUACAGUACGUGAACCGUGCCUACGAACUGAUCAGUGGCCAAAGUCGGAACGAUGUUCUUGGCACGGACGCUACGGAAAUGCGUCUCAAAACGAUAAACGGCGCACCGCCGGACUCAUCGUCUCUACCACCACCAGCUCCGCCAACUUCUGGCUCCACGGCUACAACUCCAGGCCAGACGCAGACCGUGCCAGAGAACGAGAAUCUGGUACCAUCUACAGGAAGCUUCGGCAGUGUGGGAGCUCCAAAUGCACCACAACCAUGUGUGCACACUCAGCUCAACACUCGCCGCCGUUCCAGCGAAUGGCACUGCAUCACCGUGCCGACCAGUUCGCAAGGCAAUCAGUACGUGUACGUGAAGCGUGGCAGUGCUGACGCCAUUUGUCGCGACCUGUCGCUCAAGAGUCUACGGUCAAACAGUGCCAUGAUCGACGCUCCGAUCACGGAAGCACUCAAUGUGCUCUCCACCGUGCUCCCGAAGUGCGACGAAGAUACGCAGUCGCAUCUGAAGGAAGCCAUCAAGAUGUUGUCGGUGCAGGAGUUGUACGCACCCAACAUGACCAGGUUCACCAACAACGACAGAUUCGCAUCCGGGUAUUACGAUGGGUUAAUUCGGGUGAGUAAUAUUGAUAUGGACGAUAAUAUGUUUUAAAUUGUGUUAAAUCUUGAGUUUUUUGAAAUGCAGGCCGCGGCGGUCAAGUUAUACGAUGAAACCUGUCUGUACCCUCAUUAAAUUUGAAAUAUUACAAUGGAUUUUGACGCAAAUCAAUAUCUAUAUAAUAGUCAUCAAUGCCAUAAUACCUAUCCAUUCUGUUUCAGUUACAUCAUCCAGCACGACAACGGAAACGGUCGGUUGUGGAUGCCUUCAGGGAAAAUCAGAGACGGGUUUCUGGCAGUGAGACGAGGCGACGGAUAUCUUCAGAUGUUGUAAAUGCAUUGGAAGCCGAAAAUGUAUGGCAAUUCGAUGUGAUCGAGUUGGAAAGGGUCACCGAUCACCAUCCACUCUCACAUCUCGGGAUGAAGGUAAGCUCAUCUACUACAAUAUUGGCCUGAGAUGUUUUUGACCUCAAAACUAUAGCUUCUCCUUUUAAAAAUAGUGCUUUUGUUUUUGUACAGUCAUACGUUGUCUAAUACUAUGUACGUAACAAUAAUUACUUUUUGAAAAAGUAAAGACAUUGAUAUUGUCAUUGAUAUUAAUAUAUUGUCAUCCCUUUACAGCCAUUAAUACUACACCUUUGCAGAUAUUCGACCGAUGGAAUGUGGCCGAAACACUCCGCUGUAAUCCAGACACGAUCCAGCGAUGGCUGACGCUGAUAGAAGCCAACUACCAGAGUGUCAACCACUACCACAACGCUACGCACGCUGCCGAUGUGCUACAAGCCACAUCGUACUUCUUGAACUCCGAGAACGUGGGCCAACAUGUACAAGACAACCAUGCCAUCGCCGCCCUGAUUGCGGCCACAGUUCACGACCUAGAUCAUCCAGGCCGAGGCAACGCCUUCCUCAUGAAUACACGACAAAGACUGGCACUACUCUACAACGACCACUCCGUUCUCGAGAAUCACCAUGUGGCGUUGGCGUUCCACCUGACACUGUCACAGUCUGGAGCCAACAUCUUCGCCAGAAUGAGUCGCUGUGAGUUCACGUCGCUGCGACAAGCCAUCAUCGAGAUGGUGCUGGCAACAGACAUGACCAAGCACUUUGAGUAUCUGACCAAGUUCCAGCAAAUGCUUCUCAAUCCAUCGGUACGUUAUAUUGUAGUAGAUUUAGAAUUAUUUUUCAUUAUUUAAAUAGUAUUUGUCUGGCAGUCAUAAUAGCGCCCACUCAAUGGGCCUAAACUUCUGUAUAUAUUAACCAUGAAUAAUAUGUGAAUCUUUAGGACGACGAAGAAGAACGAGAGCCCAAUUCACUUACCGUAUGUCGUAUGCUGAUCAAAUGUGCCGACAUUGGUAAUCCAGCUAGGGAAUGGAAGCUUUGCCAUGAAUGGGCGAUGAGGAUCGUCGAGGAAUACUUCGAGCAGGUAAGGCUAUACCUAUAGCAUUAAAAUCAAGAAUGCAAACACGAAAACCUUUCCUAUAAGAUAAUAUCAAGGUGGCUAUCUGCCUCUAUUGUACCUUUUUUUCACAUCAACAGUGUCUAUAAAUGACAAUAAACAUAGCCAAUAUAUCAAUAACAGCCAACAUAACUAAUGUCUAAGUGAAUAUCGAACAAUAUAACCAUUCUACGAACUUUCAGACCAGCGAAGAGGUGGAGAAAGGUCUUCCAGUCACGAUGAAGGGCUUUGACCGAGAAUCCUGCAACAUUCCCAUGACUCAGUGCACCUUCGUGGACCUGUUUGCUCGAGAAACAUUCACAAUAUGGUCCGAGUUCGCUGAUCUGCCAAUCCUGCUGAUCCACCUCGAGAGUAACUACGAGAGGUGGAAACAACAAUCUGAUUCAUGGGAACCUAAUCAGAACAAGAAUCUGCGCAGUUUGAGGUCUUGA